CACGCUGCCCGAGUGCGUGUCGGCCCGUUAACCCCUCCUAUCACCGAGGGACGGCGGGUGACAGGCGGUGCGCACUGCGCGCGGAGCCCAGAAUCACGCACCGUCCUCAGUCACGCACAGGCGCGCGCCGUGGGAUGGAACUGUAGUCAGAGCAGCGCGACGCCGCGGACGGAGUGCAGUGACCACCGCGUUGCUUUGGUAAAUUCGGCGUUCGGACACUCAGACCGGAAGAUGUGGAGAUACUCGAAGUUGUUCGCGUGUCUGCUGGUUUUGUGCGGGACCGCGUCUUCACAGAGCAGGAUCUUUGGGGAAACGGAACCUGUGCGGAUGACGUCCGAGGGCUCAGACUGCCGCUGUAAGUGCAUCAUGCGCCCGCUCAGUAAGGACGCGUGCCUGCGCCUGCGCAGCGGCUCCGUGCGCGUGGAGGACUUCUACACGGUGGAGACGGUCAGCUCCGGCUCCGACUGUAAGUGCUCCUGCACGGCGCCGCCGUCCUCCCUCAACCCCUGUGAGAACGAGUGGAAAAUGGAGAAGCUGAAGAAACAGGCUCCUGAGCUGCUGAAGCUCCAAUCCAUGGUGGACCUGCUGGAGGGAACCCUUUACAGCAUGGACCUGAUGAAGGUCCACUCCUACAUCAACAAGGUGGUGUCUCAGAUGAACCUGCUGGAGGAGACCAUCAAGACCAACCUCACACGGGAGAACGAGUUCGUGCGGGACAGCAUGAUGAGUCUCACCAGCCAGUUCAAGAGAUAUGAGAACUACUCUAACAUCAUGAUGAGCAUCAAAAAGGAGAUCUCCAGCCUCAGCCUGCAGCUGCUGCAGAAGGACUCGUCCGAGGGCAAAGCCCAGGACACUAAUGAAGAGAAAACCAACGUGGCUGCGAAAUUACCCAACAAAAAGAGUCCUGCAGCCAAAGCUCCUCCCAAACCACCCAAAGAAAAAGUUGUAAAGCCCAAGAAAGAAGCUGUUAAACCUGGGAAGCCAGUCAAGCCUGAGCCCACUGUCAGAGCCAAGGUGGUGGGCAGCCAGCCCGGCGUGGUGAGGGGCAUCACGUACUACAAGGCCGCGAAGAGCGAGGACGACGAGCACCGAGGAGAAUCUUCCAAAACAUUCGCGGAUCAUCACGUAAGCGAAAGCCAGUCUGAGGACGGCGGCGCUGAAAUGGUCCUGGAACCAGUGGAGCCCACUGUGGUAGAACCCGACAGCACCACUGUCGUCCCCACUACCACCACAACGACUGCCACCACGGCCCCCAGCAGCACCGCGCCCGCGCCUGUCACCACGCAGAGCACAGCGGUGCCUGAAAAGGCUGCACCAACCAUAGUGCUGGUGUUGGACAACUCCAACAACAACAGCCGCCCCCACCUCCACAGAGCCGGGAAGAUCCUCGAAUGUGAGGGGACGCUGGCAUCCAUAGGGCAGCCGGAGAAACAGCACAGCUACGGACGCAACGAAGGAGCCUGGAUGAAGGACCCUUUGGCCAAAGACUCCAAGAUCUACGUCACUAACUAUUACUAUGGCAACAACCUGGUAGAGUUCCGCAACCUGGACAACUUCAAACAAGGCCGCUGGAGCAACCUCUUCAAGCUGCCUUACAACUGGAUCGGAACCGGCCACGUCGUCUACAACGGAGCCUUUUACUACAACAGAGCCUUCACGAAAAACAUCAUCAAGUACGACCUGCGGAUGCGAUACGUAGCGGCCUGGACGCUGCUGCAUGACGUGGUGUACGAGGACACCACCCCCUGGAAGUGGAGGGGCCACUCGGACAUCGACUUCGCAGUGGAUGAAAGCGGCCUGUGGGUGAUUUACCCUUCGUCAGACUACGACUACAACCAGCAGGAAAUGAUAGUCAUCAGCAAACUAGACCCCGGAGACCUGUCCCUGAAGAAGGAAAGUACCUGGAGAACGGGGCUCAAGAGGAACUCUUAUGGCAACUGCUUCAUCAUCUGCGGCGUGUUGUACGCCGUCAAUGUGUACAACCAAAAGGACGGAGAGGUGAACUACGCCUAUGACACACACACCAACAGCGAGGCCGCUCCACGCCUGCCCUUCACCAACGAGUACUCCUUCACCACCCAGAUCGACUACAACCCCAAGGACAAGGUGCUGUAUGCCUGGGACAAUGGACAUCAGCUGACGUACCAGGUCAACUUUCUGGACCAGUGAGCACGGACACAUACGCAUGUGGUGAGGCGAUGCUCUAUGGCAGCAGACGCCAUACGCCACACACUCAACCUCUGAGCCUCACAUCUGUCCUAUGUGUCAGGGAGCGCACGGCAAACAGUCAAAAUAAUCCCACGGGUGAAUUAAAGUUUAUCAGGUUAAGACGUUAAAGACAAAUGAUCUACAGGUGCACAUUGAUGUCAGCAGGCUGGCAGAGGAUUUGGACUUACUUACUGUCACUACUAAUGAUAGAGAUUGUAUCACUUUUUAUGAAAUCCUACAUUUGAGAAGCGGCGUAAUCAGAAGGAUGAAGAUAAAGAUGACAGUUAGCAGCUCUCAUCAGGCCAGUCACAUCAGGUCACUGCAGAUGACCUACACUAGUAAACCACUGGCAGAGGUAACGUUGCAUGUUCAUGUUACAGCCACAGAGAUGAUGAAUGAAUCACUACCACACGUUAGGCUCUAGUUGCUAUUCAACUAGAGGAAAAAAAACAUUUCACGCAUGAUCGUUGACUCACGUCACAGCCUCCACACAUGGACGCUUCCUUUCAGCCUGUAGACUUUAAUUCAACCAAGGAGAUUAUUUCUGCUCAUAUAAUUCUAAUUGUUUCAGUUUUCAUCCCUUAUAAGCACUUUUAUACGACAGUCUGCUUCAUUCCGGCCUUUAACAAUUAGAUAUCAAUAUAUGAAUUCCAAACAACAGGUUUCUUGACAUUUAUAACAGAAAGUUUUUGAAAAAAGUGAAUGUGUGCACUAUUGUUACUAUUCUGAGUUCAUACAUAGUCUCCUCAUGUGAUGUAAAUAUUGAAUAUCUGUGUGUCCGCUUGCCUUCAGAGGGUUUCGUUCAUUUGCUGCCACACCGGUGCUAAAUCUGGGACACACUGUUGAUUCCUACAUCCACAGUGUUUGGAGGUUAUAUGCAGUUUAUUCAUUAAAGCCAUGCUGAAUUGCUUUGUGUAUUUGUAAGUCUUUGUAAUUAGAUAAAUCAUGAAUUACAGUUAUCACAAUUAAAACCACCUGUUUGUCUGUGCUUUGAAAUAAAGUUUCCAUAGUAA